GAAAGAAAAUGUUAUAUGUUCCCAUGGCAUAUACUCAAGGACGGUGCUGGGAGGGCCAUAGGCAGCCCAGACCGGCUCCCUCAGUCGGUCACUCGACACGCGACCGUCCUGACGUGCGCUGCGCCGCUGCCAGUCGACGCCAUGACCCUGCUGCGCCUGCCACUGCUUUUUCUCGCGUUUCUGUUCACGGCCUCUGAUGCUGGAGUCACCCGAUUCAGCGAUGGCUUCUCAUCGCGAAAUCCCAUCUCUGUGAACGCCACGCUGCCGUCCCACGCCGUGCUUGGCGAGACGCUGCCCAUUCUGCUCACCGUUCGCAACAACAUGAACCAGAGCCUGUUCUUAACGAUGGAGGUUAUAGAGAACAUUACAGUAGGACAGACAGAAGGGAAGACCGCCUGCUUGGCCUCGAAGGGCACGCUCGUCGAGUCCUUUAAAAUCCGCCCUGACGCCUUCGGAAUCGUCCCCGUCACGUUGGGCGUCGGGUCGAAGCGGCAAAGGAACGUCUCUUGUGACGAAGGAAAGCAAGAUGACAGUGAAUAUAUAUACAUCGCCACUUUGAACAUCACAGUUCUUCCAGAGGGAUUUAAAAGAGAGAAAGUGUUAUCCAAUUACGCCUGUGGAUUAAACGUGCGUGACGGGAACGAGACCUUACCGCAGUGGGAGGUGGAAGCACCCCCCGAGGCUGUAGGUGGCUCUGUGAAAGCCUGGGUUGCCGUCGCUAAUAGCUUCUUGGCACUGCCUUUCGAGGGCCGUGACUCGCUCUUGCUCCAUGGGCGAGGCGACAUAGACGGCCUGGCAGAUUCCGCGACCGCCCAUUUACAACAUAUUGAUAUAUUCGAUAACAGAGUGGAUGUCCCUCAUCUUACCGAGGAGGUCAAUGAUGCCGUCAAGCGCCAGAAUCGCUACCGCCUACAGGACGCCUCCUACACGACCCUGACAAGCCGUGACAGAGCCCCCUCCUCCUGGAUGACAGCCUACGUCCUGACCAUCGCGUCCAUUGCUAGCUCCUUCAACAUGACUCGCAGCGUGUGGAACUGGCAGGGGAAACUGCAAAGGAACGGUGACGGAGAAGACGGAUGUUUCGAGCAUAUGGGCGACUUCUUUCAUGACAGUUUGAGGAACGAAACCACAGGGGAGGUUUCCAGCGCCCUCAACACGGCCUACACAACGAUAGCUGUAGGAAUCAGCGCCCACGACGGACCGCCCUCUCUCUCACCCUCACGAGCCAGAGAUUGUCUUGUGAAACACGUCUCUUCAGAUCCCUUCGUCCUGGCGAUAAAAGCUUAUGCCUUGGCUUGCGUGCAAUACCGUGAAGGAGAAGAUAUGCUGAAGGACCUCUUCGCCCAGGCGGUUGAGACAGACAAGCACAUCUAUUGGGAGUUGGGAGAUGCCAUUGAGGAGGUACAGGUGGCAAGCUAUGCAGCCCUGGCCAUCAUGAGGAGGUUCAACCGAUUCGAACCAAAGUUGGAGAAACUGAUCAGGUGGAUUGCAGAGCAAGAAAACAGCCAAGGAGGAUUCAAUUCUGUUUUUGAUACGAUGACAGGGGUGAGAGCACUGAUUUACCAUGACAGAGACCGAAUGAAGUUUGACGUCGAGGCGACCAUAGAAACAGAAGAUACGAAUCACACUUUAACCUUCAAUGAAACGGAUUCUCAUAGUGUUCAGCGUGUGGAUCUCCCAGUGCUUCCCGUUACUGUGAAUCUCAGUAUGACGGGCAGCGGCUGUGCUCUCUUCAAGGGAGUUGUCCAGUACAAUGUGAUGGAACACUACAACAGCAACAACUUCAGCCUGAACGUUAGCACGGACUCUAAUAGUAGUUGCAGUUCAAACAGCAGUCGCAUCAACGUCUGCGCGAGCUAUCUCCCGAACAGGCAGUCCAACCUGGUCGCCGUUGAGGUCACUCUCGUGUCGGGUUACACCCCACUCAAGGAGGACCUCGAAGCCCUGGUCAAAGACAGAAACAGUGUCUUCGCCAAGUACGACAUCAAGGGCAACAAAGUGAUCCUCUACGUCGCCGGGCUCUCGGCUGAGGAAGCGUGCGCGGACUUCGGCGUGAUCCGUGAGCUGGAGGUCGAGGACGCAAAGCCGGGCGUUGUCGUGGUGUACGACUACUACCAGCCGGAGUUUGCUGUUAGCGCGAAUUACAGACUCGCCCCCUUCAGCAGUCCAGUGCACAAGCGUCUGAUUGCAUAAACCUGAU